CGGGGUCGUUCGCGUCGCGCUCUGCUUACGACUCCUUCCGGGUCAGAGGUCAGAGGGUCCGGGGCCCGCUGCCAGCAUGGUGCAGCUCCGGCCGCGCGCCUCCCGUACCCCCGCGUCGGCGGAGGCGAUGGUAGACGAGGGCCAGGCGGCCUCGGAGGAAGAGGUGGAGCAUGGCCUACUGCUCGGGCAGCCCAGCAGCGGCGCGGCCGCGGAGCCUCUGGAAGAAGACGAGGAAGGGGACGAGGAGUUCGACGACGAGGCCCCGGAGGAGCUGACUUUCGCCAGCGCCCAGGCGGAGGCGAGAGAAGAGGAGCGGCGAGUGCGCGAGACCGUGCGCAGGGACAAGACGCUGCUGAAGGAGAAGCGGAAGCGGCGCGAGGAGCUUUUCCUCGAACAGAAGAAAAGAAAACUCCUUCCAGACACUAUUCUAGAACAGCUAAGUACAGCUGCACAGCCUGGCAUAAAGAAAUCACCAGGAAAGCUGAAAGAAGUGAAUUUACAAAAGAAAAGUGAAGAAUGUGAAAAAGGAAAUGACUCCAAGAAAGUUAAAGUUCAAAAAGUACAAUCUGUCAGCCAGAAAAGCUACGUUGCUCUAAGGCUGAAGGACCAAGACCUGAGGGACUCAAGACAGCAAGCAGCUCAAGCCUUCAUACACAAUUCUCUGUAUGGCCCAGGAACCAACAGAACUACUGUAAAUAAGUUCCUGUCUCUUGACAACAAGAGGGCACCAGUGAAAAAGGCCGCAGCCCAGUUUUUGAAUACUGCUUGGGGAGUCCAGAGCAAACAAAAUGCCAAGCGGUUUAAAAAGCGAUGGAUGGUCAGAAGAAUGAAAACAACUAAGAAGUAAAUUAAAGCUAAAUGAGAAGUCUGUA